UUUCUAAUCGUAUAUUUUCAUUUUAGCUACAUUGUAUAAGUUCUACUUCAUCAUAUUUGCACGGCUUGGUUUUAAGAGCUGACAAUAAAUUGAAUUCAACAGUAAUCGGCGUUUAUCAUAGUUUUUUUGAUUUUCAGUACCAACAGCGCCAAACCUCUCAUCGUCACUUCAUACUCACACGAUAAAUUAACCCAAUAAUUGUUCAUACCUUCAGAUAAUUGUGGUUCUUAGUCGAACUUAAACUCAUCGAACAUCAGUGUUAAUCUUGUUCCAAAUUGUUGAACUUUUCUGAAUUUCGACUUGAACUGAUUUAUAUCCAAUUUAAUUAAGUAAAACUCAGUAUAAAUUGUGACGUCAUUUACUAUUACUCAUCAUGGGUGCUUCGGAGUGGAAACAUGGCCUGUUGUCGUGGCAUUCGUGUGUAGAUGACUUCCGUCUCUGUCUCAUAGCAUACCUGCUCCCCCACCACGCUUGGGGGGUGGCCACAGAAAAGCUGGCGGCGGAGAAUGGGGACUCGUACCGGUGUCUGAGCAUCAGUCUGAUCCCCUUCGUGGGGGUAUGCAUGUUGCCGUGCUGGAGGAAGUACGUGCGGGAGAAGACGGAGGUGGAUGGCAACUUCUGCUUCGACAUCCUAGCCGCCCUCUGCUGUCCCUGCUGCACUAUCCUACAGGCUAGUUACCAGGCGGACGUGACAGGCGAGUUCGAAUGUUCUAGAACAAUUGAGUUGAUGAUAAAAGCAUUCGAAGGAUUCAAUCCUCGAGAGGAGCUGGACAAGACGAAAUCGGACAUAAAGACCGAAAGAAGUGCCUUAACUGAUGAAAUCACCAGAGAAUAGGGAAAAAGAAAACACGGAAAUUCUAAAUUGUUUAAAAUUUCCUACCGAAGUAAAAAAAAUCGAAACCAAUUUUAGCUCAAAGCUUAUGACGGUAUAUAAUUUCACAUAUAUAGCUUUUUGUUGAAAUUAAAAAUUCUGCAGCGAA